UCCAUUUUGAUCAAAGAAAUUCGAAAACUCCAUUUUGAUGUUAGAGAAGGGAGGAAGGUGAGAAGCACGUUAACUGUUCUUCCUUCUGGUCCCUCCCUCGUUUCUCAUCAACAUAGCCAUCAUUAUGCAAACCUCUAAGCUUUUCCUGCUGCUUUUGUUGUCAUGUUUUGUGGCCACCAUUGAAGGUUCUAAGAAGCAGGUAUCAGCUAUGUAUGUGUUUGGAGACUCCACAGUAGACCCUGGAAACAACAACUUCAUAGACUCUGCUUUCAGAAGCAAUUUUCCACCAUAUGGUAGAGAUUUUGUUAACCAAGUUCCCACCGGAAGGUUCACCAAUGGGAAGCUUGGCACUGAUUUUAUUGCUUCAUAUUUAGGCCUAAAAGACUUGUUACCACCAUAUUUGGAUCCCAAUCUCACCGACAAAGAAAUUGUAACAGGUGUCAGCUUUGCCUCUGCUGGUUCCGGCUUUGAUCCACUAACUCCAACUCUGGGUAAUGUAAUUUCAAUACCAAAGCAAUUGGAAUAUUUUAAAGAAUACAAAAAGAGGUUAGAGGGUAUGCUUGGUAACAGAAAAACCGAAUAUCAUAUGAACAAUGCUUUCUUUUUCAUCAGCGCGGGUACAAAUGACUACGUUAUUAACUAUUUUUCGGUGCCAAUACGAAGAAACUACACUCCAUUAACCUAUGGACAGUUCUUGCUUCAGCAUGUUAAAGAUUUCAUACAGAAUUUAUGGAAAGAAGGUGCAAGAAAAAUAGCUUUGGUUGGAGUACCUCCAAUGGGGUGCUUACCGAUCGUGAUCACAUUGAAUUCCCAUAAUUUGUUUCUGGAGCGUGGUUGCAUAGACAAGUAUUCAGCUGUUGCAAGAGAUUACAACAUCAUGCUUCAACAUGAAUUGUUCUUAAUGCAACUAAACUUCUCCAAUGGUGCCAAAAUCUCCUACAUCGACAUAUAUGAACCCUUGAACAACAUGAUCCAAUCGCAUGAAAAUCUUGGUUUUGAUGAGGUUGAUCAUGGUUGCUGUGGAAGUGGUUACAUCGAAACAACCUUUAUGUGUAAUGGGUUUUCAUUGGUGUGCUCUGAUCCAUCAAAGUUUGUCUUCUGGGAUUCAAUACACCCUACGGAAAAGGCAUACUUUCGCUUAUUUAUGCUAGCCCGUCCCAAAAUCGAUGCCCUAAUCAACGCCUAGAAUCGAUUCCUCUCGCUUAUAUAUUGUUAAUUCAAUUUGCUUAGUUCCAAAUUUAGAAUAAAAAUGCUUGUUUGUACCAAACUAAAAGGAAAAAUAACAAAGUUCUUUCUUAUUUUCUAUAAAAA